CCCCGGCCCCGGCCGAAUCAAUGGCGCGGGCGGCGCUCCGGUUGGGCGCCCACGCGCUCGCGCUCCUCGUCCUCGCGUCAGUGGCUCUGCUUCCGCUUGUCAGUUCCGACGACGACGGGUACAAACACUGCGAGGGUGUCGUCAGGGGCUGGGCGGAUUCUUCUACUGCGCGGGUGGAGGACAGGGACAAAUUGAGCCUCAAGGAUUUGCUCUUCUUCCUCCACAUUCCUAGAACUGGAGGCCACGCCUACUCUAGCUGCUUCCUCAAAAAGCUGUAUACAAAUGCUCAGCAAUGCCCCGAUUCCUACGACAAGCUACGGUUCGACCCAAGCAAUACUGAUUGCAAGCUGGUUGUUAGUCAUGAUGACUAUAGCUUAACUUCCAAGCUGCCAAGGGAGAGAACUUCUGUUGUAACAAUACUAAGGAACCCAGUUGAUCGUGUAUUUAGCACAUAUGAGUUCUCAGUUGAAGUUGCAGCUAGAUUCCUUGUUUACCCAAACUUAACUACCGCUGCUGCCGGUACUUGGAACAUCUGGCCUUGGAAGUACUUGGUUCCUUGGAUGAGAGAUGAUAUGUUUGCCAGGAGAGAUGCCAGGGGGAUUGACCAAGUUCAUAGUAGUAAGAAGGUUGGCAAUGCAUAUGAUCUGGAGGAUAUGAUUAUGCCGUUACGUCAGUACAUCAAUGAUCCAGUUGCCCAUGAAAUCAUUCAUAAUGGUGCUACCUUUCAAAUUACUGGGUUAACGAACAAUUCAUACUUCAAUGAAGCACACGAUGUUCGACAUUGUGUCAAAAAGCAUCAAGAUCUUGGUCAUAUUGUGCUUGAGGUUGCUAAGAAUAGGCUGGACCAGAUGCUAUAUGUAGGACUUACAGAGAUUCAUGAAGAAUCAGCAAGUUUGUUUGCUCAUAUGGUAGGAGCACAGGUGCUUUCACAAUCUGGGGCAUUGAAUUUAGAUCUCAAGGAAGAUUGGUCUAGAGAGAUUGACUCACACCCAUCCAUGGUGGAGCCCGAGGAUAAAGAAACAAAUGAACAUCUGAAUAAUGCACAUGGAUGGCAAAAUAAUGAAGCCCUGAACUCUACUGGCGACAAACAUGGAAAAGAAAAAAUGACUAUUGGUAGACUAAUGGAAGCUUAUGAAACUUGCAUUGUCGAACUGCGGAAGGCUGAAUCUAGGCGUCGUAAAACAUCACUAAAGAACCAAAAGUUUCAGGGAGCAAGGUUUUCAAAAGCGGCACGGAAGCCGCCUAAGGCAAUUUUCAAACAAAUUAUCUCGUUGAACAGCCUUGACAUGGAACUUUAUGAUCAUGCUAAGAAAAUUUUUAUCCAAGAACAUGUUUUGAUGUUAAAAGCUCGGCAAUCCAUUGUGGGGCAGCAUAGACAGUUGGGAGAACAAAAGGAGGGCUGGAUCAGCAUAAUCUGGAGCGACAGAAUUUGCUCUCCGGAAGGUGGUCUUCCUUGGAUGGUGGUCUUCCUUAGUCUAGGGAUCACCACAAUCAUAGUUUUGGUCGCAUUAGCUGCAAUGAUGAGAAAAAGAACGUCGAAAUUUAAGGUUUAACCAGAAUUCAUGAGGCAAUCUCUAGAUUUUAAUGUACAAUCUGAUGAUGCGCCCAGACAUUACGUACCCUUAGCAUUCUUUUGGGGCAGAGGUGUUAGCAUCCACAAAAUCGUGUAUACUCGUACGGUCGGACUGGUGCUAGACCAUUUUUCUCUUGAUUACACAAAAGAUUUGUGCGGCUUUGUAUUAAGAUAGAGAAAAAAUCGAUACAAAAUGCCUUAGCGGUGC